AUGGCAACAACAGAAGCACCAAUACACUACAGAUAUAAUGGACAACUUUAUUGUCCAGCAGUAGACCAUGCAGUCACGGAAUUGCGAGUAAAUCAAAAUGGCGGAAAGUUUGCAGGCCUUACUAAAGUUGAUAAUAGUGCCGUUGCUGAGGUAACAACAUCAAAAGAGGAACAAAAAUCUGAGUCGUUGUCCUCCUGUUCUCAUAAUUCACAACAAGAACAACGGAUUUCACCUAAUCCCAAGACGAGAGCGUUUCUUGAAGACUUUAACAUGUACAUUUCUCAAAUUAUGAAUGGUAAGGAUUUGGCAUUAAGUAGUAAUGUGUUACAAAGCUUGUCAAAUUUUCAGCAUGUGUAUGAAGAUUUGAAGAAUACGAGUGGAUCUCCUGAGAAUGAUAAUGAAAUCGAAAUUAUUGAAAUUUCUGAUGAUGAAGAUGAACCUCGAGAACCUGAUGGAAUGGAUCCUGGCGUUGAAAUAAUUGUUAUUUCUGACGAUGAAGAGGAUCGUAAUGAAAAUAAUGAAGCAACUGCACAAUAUUGUUAUUACCCAGCAGCUCUCCCAUACUCUUUGCCAUUACUCUCAACCACUUCUUUUAAUAUUACCUACAGUUAUGCCCAGCCAAUAUCACCACUUAAUGUUCGAAACUAUAGUCAUGCCCAGCCAAUAUCAUCACUUAAUGGUCGAAACUAUAGUUAUGCCCAGCCAAUAUCACCACUUAAUGUUCGAAAUAUUGAACCUCUACCAGGAACGAAAAAACCAAUAUCACCACUUAAUGUUCGAAAUAUUGAACCUCUACCAGGAACAAAAAAACCAAUAUCACCACUUAAUGUUCGAAAUAUUGAACCUCUACCAGGAACGAAAAUAAAUCGAUAUCCAACCUUGCCAAUAUUCAAAAAUCCCAUUCUCAGAAAAGUUGCAUUAACCCAUUCUAACAUGAAUAAGACUGUUGGUUGUAACUAUGAACGUUUAGAAUAUCUCGGAGACCGAGUACUCCAACAUCUAGCCAAUCAAAUGGCAUUUGACCGAGUUGAAAAGCAUCCUACCUUACGUCAAAAUAAGAAAAGAAUAAUGAAUCAUAUUGAAGCUGCAAUCAACUUCUUUGUGACUAAUAAAACAUUAGCAGUGAUUGGACAUAUUUUGGACAUUCGGACACUUGUGAUCAAAGAAGUUGGAGGUCCACUUGACUUAUCCACAAAGGAUAUGGCUGAUUAUGUUGAAGCGUUGAUAGGGGCUUUAUAUGAAGAUAAUAAUCGUAACUUUGAUGCAAUAAGAGAAUGGUAUGAACCAAUAACGGGUACUCUUUUGGAUCGAAUCUUGUACAAAUUAACAUUCGAGAGUUAUCCUAUUGAACAGGAUGUUUUUGAUUGGGCGUAUGAUAUGUAUUUCCAUCUUAAUAAACGAUUCACUAGAGCAGCACCUUGA